AGUCAAAACAACAAACAUGAAAACAAAAUAAGAAAAGGAAGAAAAUGACAACCACCACCACUACCUCCAUCAUCUCCUCCUCCUCCUCUUCCUCCUCCUCCUCCUCCUCCUCCUCCUCUCAUCACCCUAUAUGCAACUGCAGACUAAGAAGGAAGCAAAAAUUAUUAGCAAUUCUCAGUCUCUCCACUGUUUUUUCUCUCUUUCUCCUGAUUUUCCACUCCUCCUCCUCCUCUUCCUCCUCCUCUAUGACCUCCUCCUCCUCCUACGCCUUCCAGGAGAGAGAGGGCGUGAAGGAGCUGCCAGAUAGGAGUAAUUAUGUGAAGGAUACCAUUAAUUUGUAUCCUAAACCAGUGGUAGGAUUUGGAAAUAUGUUGACCCCUGCUAGUUACAAUGUGGAGAGAGAGGUGAGGAGUGGAGGGAAGGAGGAGGAGGGGGAGAGAAGAGGUGGAGAGGUGGAAGAUGAAGAGGAGGAUGUCAGAAGGAAGAGAGGAAGAGAAGAAGAUAAAAGAAGAGUCAGAAGGAAGAGAGGAAGAGAAGAUAAAAGAAGAGCAGGAGAGGUGGAAGAGGAAGAGGAAGAGGAGGAUGUCAGAAGGAAGAGAGGAAGAGAAGAUAAAAGAAGAAGAGGAGAGAAUAUUGAUAACACAAACUACCUUAUCCUCACUCACGGCCGCACUCUGCCCGCCCACCCCGCCCACCCACCCUUACUACUCAGUUUAGACUAUUCCCGCCAGCCGUACUAUCCCUGGAGGACUACUACGGACGAGUGUGCCAACUACGCUACCAGAUUCCUGGUACCUGGGCGGGCUCCUAUCGUCGCGCUGGCCUCCUUCCCUGGCUCCGGGAACACCUGGCUGCGUUACCUGCUGGAGGCACUCACCGGGGUCUUCACUGGCUCUGUUUACCACGACGAGAUGUUGGCGCUAAGAGGUUUUUGGGGAGAGCGGGAGAGUUUUUGGCAAGGUUCAACUCUCCUUCAAAAAACACACAGUCUGCCACUUCUUCCUGAGGCAGUGAAGCAAGAGGGCGCAGCAGGCAGUGGGGAGUUUCGGUUCCUGCUACCCAAGACCCCAAGGCGUGUGGUCUUACUGCUCAGGAACCCGUGGGAGUGUUUGCUGUCCCUCCGCCACUACCACGCUGCGGGACACACGGGGUUUGGCAGCAGUGUGUUCUUCAAGGGCCAGGGCUGGCACAACUUCACGCAGGAGAGAGCGAAGGAGUGGGUGCACCUGAACGAGGCUUGGCUCACACUACCAGCUACAGACACGCUGGUUCUACACUACGAACACUUGCAACAUAGACUAGAACAGGAAGCAGGCCGGCUCAUGAACUUCCUCGGCCUGCCUCUAGACCACGGCAGGCUGGAGUGCUUGCUAAGGUAUCCCGAGGGCAGAUUUAGGCGCCCCAAGUACCCCAAACACCUCCAGGGCUACACUUUCCCUAAAACAGCUGAUGUGACCCUGAGAAGAGGAAUGAGCGAUCUUUCAUCCCUGCUCGCCAAGGGGGGCCAUCCACCCUUCCCUUGGGGCCUCUACUCCUUCACUCCCCCUGUCCUGCCGCCGCCGUAGUGGUGGUGGUGGUGGUGGUGGUGGUGGUGGCUUUAGUGUUUUAAUGUGUGUUUGUGUCUAUUUUUUUUUUUUUUUUAUUUAUUUAUUUAUUUUUAUUUAUUUUUUUUCG